UUGGCGGACGGAAUCGACACUCGCUGAAGUGGCUUCCCGAUUCGAACGAAACUCAGCAAACAGUUCUUAUCGCGGCAACUGAUUGCGCGCAUUGCUGUGGUAGUGAGUGGCCAACAGAUGUGACCACCAACACGCAGUGGCCUUAGCCCUGUGCCAAGUAGUCCCGGUUGGUGUUAAAUCCGGCUAACGUCUAUCAUUCGAAGGGAGUCGUACUACAUCGCUACCAGCAUAAAAAAACCCUAGCUCGCGAUCGUUGCAUCAUGGGAACCGAUACGGCGAUACCGAUCGAGCCGAGUAAAAUAUUACCAAUCACCGCAACAACGCUAUCCUUUGAGGAUAUCUCAUUUCAAGUGCGUUCGGAAGAUGGCAAAGAGAAGCACUUGCUCCAUGGCAUAUCGGGAACGUUCCGGUCUGGUCGUCUGACGGGUAUCCUGGGACCCUCUGGAGCUGGUAAAUCGUCGCUGCUCAACAUACUGAGUGGUUUUAAAACAAACAACGUCACCGGCAGAAUACUGGUCGAUGGAACGCCAAUCAAUCGGAGAAAGUAUCGCCGAGAGGUAUCUUAUACGCCGCAGGAUGUUAGUCUUCUCGGUAAUCUCACCGUGACCGAGAGCCUAGAGUUUGCCGCCGAUCUUAAGCUACCACGAAGCGUUACGAAGCGGCAACAGUCCACCAUGAUCGUGGACGUGCUUCAGCUGCUGGGACUGUCCAAGUGUGCCCACAAUCCGGUCGCCAAUCUGUCCGGUGGUGAAAAGAAGCGUCUCUCGAUCGGGCUGGAGUUGAUUUCCAACCCCAAGGUCAUGUUCUUCGAUGAGCCCACCAGUGGGCUCGAUAUUAUCGCGGCCAUGCAGGUUGUAGCGCAUCUGAAGGAUCUGGCGGCUAGCGGACGGUGUGUGGUUUGCGUAAUCCAUCAGCCAAGCUCGAGCAUUCUGCAGAUGUUCGACGAUCUGCUCGUCCUAUCCGAGGGACACUGUCUUUACCAGGGUCCGCUGGAUGAGCUGGUCGAUACGUUCAAGGGAUGUGGGUUCGAGUGUCCCAACUACUACAAUCGCGCCGAUUUUGCACUAGAGAUCGCAAGCCUGAAGCAUGAGGGCAAUCUGCUGCAGCUACGAGAGCGUGCCAAACGGACACCGGCCACACCGGUGCUUGCGCUGGAAAGGGAAGCCGUUCCGAACGAGACAUUGCAUUGUAAAGAAAAGGAGGCAAUGCUCGUGAAGGGAGCUGAUCAAGUUGCGGUGGAAGCAGCACCCGAUCGACAGUAUCCGUCCUCCGAGUGGUCACAGUUUGUGACGCUGACACGCCGCACCAUGCUCUGUACCUUCCGCGAUAUGCAGCUCACCAAGAUGCGCCUGUUCGCUCACCUGUUCGUCGGUAUCCUGAUAGCGAUCGUGUUCUACGACGUGGGCAACGAUGGCUCCAAGGUGUUUAGCAAUGCGUCCUGUCUGUUUUUCUUCCUCAUAUUUGUCUUCUUUGCGAACGCGAUGCCACUCGUCAUGACAUUUCCACUAGAAACGUCCGUUUUUCUGCGCGAAAGAAUGAACAACUGGUACUCACUGAGGGCUUACUACUUCUCCAAGCUUGUGGCAGACUUCCCUUUUUUGAUCUUGGGACCAACGGUUUUUCUAGCCACGGCGUACUACCUAACAGCGCAACCGAUGGAGUGCGAUCGCAUCUUGAUGCUGUGGAGCAUCUGCAUCUUUACCAGCUGGAUCGCCCAGAUGUCCGGCAUGCUGGCCGGCAGUGCCUUGCCGAUCGAGCUGGGCGUCUUCUGUGUACCCUGCUCCGUCAUUCCAAUGCUGGUGUUUUGUGGGUUUUUCGUGCGGUUCAGCCAGAUGUUCGACUUCCUCAAACCGUUCACGUACUUCGCUUACUUCCGGUACAGCUUCGAGGGUUCGAUGCAGGCGAUCUAUGGCUUUGAGCGCGAAAAUUUGCCCUGCACCGGUGACUUUUGCUACUUCAGCAAGGUGGCCAAGCUGCUGGAGAACUUCGACAUGCUGGAGAACACGUUCGUGAUGGAUGUGUGUGGGCUGCUGGUCUGGAUACUGGCCCUCCAUGUGGCACUGUACGUGAGUCUGGUGUGGCGAAUGAAGCGGACGCGAUGAUUGCCUUCCUCAGUGUGACCGUGCAUGUGACCGGUCAAACCGGGCAGACACUAGCACUGUGUAUUAAUAAGCAUUUGCAUUUUAAAACAGCGAACUCGCGGGGAAUCGAGACAGUGUUGUUUUAUUUUUAAUAUUCCAAAUCAUAUUAGAAGUGAUUUCGAACCUGGUUUAUACAAAAUAAAUGUAAAACACACUCGAGUGUGUUUUGAAAACCA